CCCUCUCCCUCUUCCUCUUCCUCUCUCUCGUCCUCACAGAAGUAAUGCAUACCAAUCCAAUUUCUUCCAGUCCCUCUCGAUAGAUUGAGGAGUUAAGCAGCAAAGAAUUUGUGUGAAGAAGCUAAACGCCUGCUGAAACCCUACCACUACCACAUGCAUAUUCUGGGCUGUUGUUGUUUUUAUUAUUGCUACGUUCAGAGACUAUUGAGCAUUUUCUCGAGAUUUCUGAUGAUGGAAAAUGUCUCGUGUUUGAAUCCUUCAUCUCGUAAUACCGAUUUUGGGUUUGAGUUAUCUGUUUUUGGGUUUUUCAAAGCAUUGUGUAAUUGGUUGGCGAUUCUUAUUAUGUUUGGUUUGGCUGUGAAAGUUUUGCGACUUGGGUUCUACGGCAGGGGUUUUUUGGUCCGGUUGCUCUCUGAAAUAAUGGGGAAAUCAAAUGUUCUCAUCAAUGGGUUUUGUUCAACAAGUGUUGUUGAUGUUCGUAGAUUUUUGGAGGAUUCGAAUUCGUCUUCUGUAUCCAAAAACAGAACGCUUUUAAGUAAUUCUAAAGACGUAAUAGUAAGGGAGUCAUGUUCAGAAUCUGAAUCAGAAGAAGGAGGUUCUGAAGAAGACGCACCCGCAUUUAAGAGAUUAGUUAGGAUUGAAAGGGAUCGUGCCAAUGCUGUUUAUUUAGAGCUGGAGAAAGAGAGAACAGCAGCGGCAUCUGCAGCCGAGGAAGCAAUGGCAAUGAUCCAACGCCUUCAGACUGAGAAGAGUUUAGUAGAAAUGCAGGCCAACCAAUAUCGCAGGUUGGCUGAACAGAAGCAGCUCUAUGACCUGGAAGUAAUCCAAAGUCUUCGAUGGAUUCUACUGAAACAUGAAUCAGAUAGAAGCCUCCUAGAGAAUCAAUUGAACUUGUGUAGGCAAAGACUAAAGCAGUAUCGGAAUGCCGACAAAGGGGAUCAAACUGAUGGAAUUGAUCAGUCUUUGUUUACUCACAGUUCUUUUUCUGCUGUCGAAGAUGGCAUCGGGGAUAUUUUAGUUAGUUCUCUUGAAAUGGAUUCAUCACUCAUGUAAGCUCUGUUCUUCCUGUAAAUUCCCUUUGUUACCUUUAGAGUUCAGAAUUUAGAUAGAUGAAUUAGACAAAA